UGUGGGGUGCGGGGCGUAGGGUGAGGAGAGCAAACAGGCGCUGGCAGCCCAGAGGUUCUCGACUUCCCCUUCUUCCUGCAGAAGGCGGCGGGAAGGCAGCCAGACAGCAGCACGGCACAGAUCAGCCGCUCUGGGCCUCUCCCUGCCCCACUCCCCAGAGGUUCUGUCCUUAUCCCCGGAACUAGUGACAUCCCUGGAGCAGCAAGCAACUUAGCCACCCAGCCAUCUUUAGGAGGCUGCAGUGCACCACGGGAGAGCGCUUGAGGUGAGUUUGUGUCUCAGCCUGACCACUGGCCUCCUGAAGAACCCCAGACAACCUUGUGCGGUAUUCAGUUUCCCCACGGUCAGCUGGAACCAUCUUGGGAGUCAGGGCGGGAGCUGGUUCUUGGAGGAGACAGAGCACAGGACAUGGAUCACCAUGGGGUCCUUUUCCUCUGCCUGUGCCUCGUGACUUCUCAGAGCAGGACAGUGGAGGCGUCUGAAGAAACCCUGCUCUGGAUGAAGAGAAUGGAGAUGGUGACCAGGAGCCGGAGCUUGACUUCUUUUGCUGAGCUCAUCCACGGCCUGGAGUGUAGGCUGCUCAACGCCAGCUUCAGGGGCCACAACCUCACUUUGCAGACGAACACCAUCCAGACACUGGCCUUCAAGCUGGGCUGCGAUUUCACUGGCCUCUCACUGAGCAGUGCUGCUCUGGGGCGGGUCCCCCAGGCCCCAGCCCAGCACGCCAUGCAGUUCCCAGCCGAGCUGACCAGAGAUGCCUGCAGGACCCACCAGAGGGAACUGCGUCUCAUCUGCAUCUACUUCUCCACUACCCACUUUUUCCAGGAUGGACAAAGCAGGGUGGGCACUGGCCCCUUCCUGGGGGCAUCACAGAAAGACAUCAACUCAUCUCUGCUCAAUAACUAUGUCCUGGGGGCCCAGCUGGGCCAUGGACAUGUGCACAACCUCAGUGAGCCAGUGAACAUCAGCUUCUGGCACAACCAAAGCCUGGAAGGCUACAUGGUGACUUGUGUCUUCUGGAAGGAGGGAGCCAGCAAACAGCACUGGGGGGUCUGGAGCCCUGAGGGCUGUCGCACAGAGCAGCCCUCACCUUCCCAGGUGCUCUGCCGCUGCAACCACCUCACCUACUUUGCUGUUCUCAUGCAACUCUCUCCGGCCCCAGUCCCUGCAGAGUUGCUGGCGCCUCUCACGUACAUCUCCCUGGUGGGCUGCAGCAUCUCCAUCGUGGCCUCACUGCUCACUGUCCUGCUGCACUUCUAUGCCAGGAAGCAGAGUGACUCCAUAACACGCAUCCACAUGAACCUGCACGCCUCUGUGCUGUUCCUCAAUGUCGCCUUCCUGCUGAGCCCAGUGCUGGCCAUGCCCCCUGUGCCCAGGUCAGCAUGCACGGCCCUGGCCGCCAUCCUGCACUACGCACUGCUCAGCUGCCUCACCUGGAUGGCCAUUGAAGGCUUCAACCUCUACCUCCUACUUGGGCGUGUCUACAACGUGUACAUCCGCCGAUACGUGCUCAAGCUCUGUGCCGUGGGCUGGGGGGUCCCAGCUUCCCUGGUGCUGCUCCUUCUUGCCGUCAAGAGCUCAGUUUACGGACCUUACGUGAUCCCUCUCUCCAACAGCCAGGGAAACAGCACGGGCUUCCAGAACAUGUCCAUAUGCUGGGUGCGGAACCCUGGGGUGCACAGUGUCCUGGUGAUGGGCUAUGGUGGCCUCACGUCCCUUUUCAACCUGGUGGUGCUGGCCUGGGCGCUGCGGGUCCUGCACAGACUGCGGGCAAAGGAGAAGGCGCCAGGCCCUCGGGCCUGCCGGGACACCGUCACCGUGCUGGGCCUGACCGUGCUCCUGGGCACCACCUGGGCCUUGGCCUUCUUCUCCUUUGGCGUCUUCCUGCUGCCCCAGCUCUUCCUCUUCACCAUCUUCAACUCGCUCUACGGUUUCUUCCUUUUCCUGUGGUUCUGCUCCCAGAGGUGCCGCUCAGAGGCAGAGGCGGAGGCGGAGAUGGAGGCAUUCAGUUCCUCCCAUACGAUGCAGUAGUCUGGACUGUCUGAGCCUCCUGGUACAGAACCCCCAGCCUAUCUGGCUGCCUGCAGCCCGAGACCCUGGCUUCUACCAGAGAAGAUGGCAGGCCAGCUGCUGGACACCAGAGACCACUGUGCCCUCCAGGGUGCUUUUGCACCUCCAUAGCUCCCCAGGCCCAGGGGGCAGGGUGUUGCUCUGCUUCCCCUAGCAUUCUGCUCUGAGGCAGGUCCAACCCCACGCUGGGGCAGCAAACUUUCUCCUGGUGCCUGGGCUGAUCUGGCCAGGCCUAUGGCCAGAGCACUGGCCUGGAAGUCAGGAGAUCACAUUUUAAGGCUUGGCUCUGAGUCUCCCUGUAUGACCUUGGGCCUGUCAUUUCUCAUUGACCCUUGGUUUUCACAUCUGUGACAUGGGGGAAGAUGGCUCUGGUCCUGCCUAAUCCCAGAGCUUUGUUCGGGAUGAAUGGGACCAGGAAGGAGGAGGUCACAGUGGGGUGGGGAUCCCCACCCUGGCCCUAUUACCGCUACCUGUCUUUUGGGGGCUGGGUAUUGGCCAGCCUCCACUGGAAACACCUGAUGGGCCCUGCUCCCUUCCUCUGGGAGAGUCAGCCCUGGCCAGGGGUCCUCAGCCCAGUGCUUAGAGACCUACUCACUGAGACUUCACCAGCCUAUGCCUGAGGCCUCUUUUCCUUUAGCUCCCAACUUAUGGUGACUUUAAUUCCAAGCCUACCUUUCCCAAAGAUUGGGAAGUCCCAUCCUUCCCAGAGGCUCCUCCUCCAGGGCGCCUAAGACCCCCAUAGGACCCCCAUAUAGACCAGAGACUGGGCAAUACAGCUUUCUGGAGGUAGAAGCAGGGCACCUCUUUCCCCUCCAUCUGAGCUCCAGUCACCCUGAUAUUUGAUGACUGGGCAGGAAUGAAUUUCCUCUGGUAGGCAGGCAUGAGGGUGUGGGUUCUAAAUCCCAUGCUCAGGUCACAGUUGUAGAGAAUCACCAUUGCGCUUGACCUGUCCUGUCUGACCAAGCCGGGGACUGCCCAUGAAGCCAACGCCUUUCCAAGGAUGCACACCAGGGGGCGCUGUUGGCACAUGCUCAGAAGCCCUUGACUCCAAAACCAUGCCUGGAGAUGCUGUGGUUGCCUGUCUGUGGACAUGACACACCAGAUGGAGAGGCCCUCCCUGCCUCCAGGACUGCACUUGUGGAGUGACUGACGAGAGGAAUGCUAGCACCAUCUAUGCAGCCUUUUCUCUUUUCCAAAGCAGCUGCCCGCUCUAGCUCUUGGAGUCUUGUGCUCUGGCAGACCAGGCACUAGAGCUGUGGGCUGGGGUAGGCUCCCAGGGCCCCACUCCAGGCCAUCAGACAGAUUCUAAUGACUUUGAAUGUCACAGAGAGGGAAUUGGAGCCGGAUCCCUUUUCUCCCUGGAGGUCUCCCUCUGCCCUUUGCUCAUUUCUUGAUGUAAAUUGCCCUUGUGGCGAGUGGUGCAGGCUCUGGGAGCCAGACUGCCUGGGCUCAAAUGCCAUCGUUGUCAUUUGUCAGCUGUGUGACUGUGGACAAGCCACUCCACCUCGCUGUUCUUCAGUUUUCCUAUCUGUAAAAUAGGGGUAAUAGUAGUACCUAUUUUGUAUUUAAAUAAAAUAAUCCAUAGAAAGAUGCUUA